AUGACUACGAGUUCAUCCAUUGGUGAAAACGAUAUAAAAUUCAAUUCUUCAUCAUCAUCUUCAUCCGUUUGUUGGCAAGCACGUGAUGCUUGGUGGAAAUGUUUAGAUUUAUACGAUAAUUGUGAAUCGAAAUGUCAAAAACAAAUUGAACAACUUCAUCAAGCUUGUACUCCUAAAAUGGUACAAUUUUUUGAGGAGAGACGUAAGAAAUUAACAGAAGAUAAACCAAAUCGAAAAUUAAUGUUACCACAAAAUGCUUUACAUAAUUAUUUAACUGAUUUUCGAAAUAAUGCGAAUCAUAAUUUUUUCUCUCAUCAAACCGGUUUUCCCUUUGAUGAUGAUGAUGAUUAA